AUGGAGACCAUAAGAGCCCUUUUUGGGUACCCUGAUUCGAUGUAUAACUGCUCGGGACGAACCAGCGCAGAAUGGUUGGCCCGCGGCGAGAAGUGGCCAAUUUUGGGCAAUUUUUUCAUCAUGAUGGGCGUGUUGUACAUACUUCUCUACCUGCCUUCCAUCUACUCGAUGAUAAAGCUGAAGCUGCUGAAGAAUCCGUGCUAUCGGAUUAUGUUCUGCCUAAUUUUUGCCGAUAUCAUGAACCUGACCGCCAACUCCCUGUUCGCCGGCUAUAUUUUUGCGAUUGGAGGCGGACCAGAUUUUGGUGUAUUUUGGGACAUUUUUGCUGGCAGACUUGUACAGGCGUUUCCUCCA